AUGUUGAGAAGAUCACAGAAAGCGUUUGCACAGACAUUUGUUAGAGCCACACGCUCUUCGAGCUCGGGUUCAUCUACUUCGGCAUUAGCAUACAAGACACUCCACCGUAAUCAAAAGAGACCACCAUUACCCACUGUUGAAACCCUCAACUGGUCAGCUGAUACUGCAGUCUCCUCCAUUCUCUACGAGACACCAGUUGCUUCACGUGCACCACCAAAGCAGCAUGUUCUCAACUGUCUUGUGCAAAAUGAACCCGGUGUUCUUUCCUCAGUGUCUGGUACCUUGGCAGCUCGUGGUUUCAAUAUCGACUCAUUGGUUGUGUGCAAUACUGAGGUGAAGGAUUUGUCACGUAUGACCAUUGUUUUGAAGGGCCAAGAUGGCGUUGUUGAACAAGCACGAAGACAAAUUGAAGACCUCGUGCCAGUGUACGCCGUGUUGGACUACACCAAUGCCGAGAUUAUCAAGAGAGAACUCUUGUUGGCAAGAGUCUCCAUUCUUGGACCAGAAUAUUUCCAGGAAUUGAUUGCUACUCACCAGUUGCAUGUGGAUGACGCAUCUGCUAUUCCAGAUUUGUCUGCGUGCGAGUCAGCAUUCCACCCAUCAAACCUUGCACCUAGUGAAGCUUUGAGACAAAAACACGAGCACUUGGACCACAUCUCCACCUUAACAAAGCAGUUUGGUGGUAAGAUUGUUGAUGUUAGUGAUCGUAAUGUUAUUGUUGAAUUGAGUGCUAAGCCAUCCAGAAUCUCGGCAUUCAUCACCCUCUUGCAACCAUUUGGUAUUAUUGAGUUGGCUAGAUCUGGUAUGAUGGCAUUGCCUAGAACACCAUUGGAAAGUUUGAGUGAAGAAGAUGACUUGCCAGUUGACGCUGCUGAUAUCGUUGAUGCUUCUCAAUUACCACCAGGUUAA